ACAUUUACUUUCGUAACCUGUGUGUGUGAUCUCUUAUGGUGUUUGUUUUGCAAAUUAACCAGAUUAAAGGCUUUAGCUGUAACAUUAUAAUAACUCACAGGAUUGACACGUGGGCUGAAGAAGCCAUUACAUUCCCCGCCCCCUCCCCAUUAUACCGAUCUAUUAAUAUCCCCAUAAUAGACCUGGGGUGUAGUAAGUGACAGCUUUCUGGAGUGUAAACAGUUAAUGUUUCCAGUUUAUUAAGCCCAGCCCCUUGAACAGACCAUGAAAACAGUGCAGUGUGGAAGGGAGGGGCUCAGAGGGUGUGCUGUUUAAAGCUUUUUGGGGCCCUCUAAUGCUUCCUGCAGCUGCACCAGUGUCCAUGCUUGCACCCCUUUCUGCCACCUUGCACAUGGGUAAAGUUUGUUCGUUCGGUCCCUGGAUGUGAUCGCUGGAGAACGUUUCUCCAGGUUUGGCUGAUGGCCAGCAUUAACUGCAAGAUUGCAGUCUCUAUGUUCAAGAGGACACUAUUGCUAGGCUCUGCUCACAAACCCAAUGGCCAGCGGUCACUGCUCACUGUCAGCAGGCUUCAGGAAAGGGGUCUGAAGGAAGGCCGCACAGUGCACAAGUGUUUUACUCCUCAGCCACCUGCCAUGAGCAAAUUUAAUGCUGUCUCUUUACCUCGACAGGACACCAUGAGCGAGAGCCUCCAGACCUGUUAUAGGUACCUGAACGAGACCAGCCGGAGCUUUGCAGCUGUGAUCCAGGCCCUGGAUGGGGAAUUAAGACACGCAGUUUGUAUUUUUUACCUUGUUCUCCGUGCUCUGGACACUGUGGAAGAUGAUAUGACCAUCAACUUGGAGACCAAGAUUCCCAUGUUACACAAUUUCCACACCUACCUGUAUGACACGGAGUGGAAAUUCACUGAGAGCAAGGAGAAGGACCGGCAGGUGUUGGAGGACUUUCCAACGAUCUCAUUGGAGUUUCAGAACCUAGCCAUGGUUUACCAAGAGGUUAUUGCAGAUAUCUGCCAUAAGAUGGGAGUGGGUAUGGCAGAGUUUUUGGAAAAGAAGGUGGAGUCUCUGAAUGAGUGGGAUAAAUACUGUCACUACGUCGCUGGCUUGGUUGGAAUUGGCUUGUCUCGUCUUUUCUCGGCAUCAGAACUGGAAGAUCCUAUUGUAGGGCAGGACACGCAGCUUGCAAAUUCCAUGGGUCUCUUUCUGCAGAAAACUAACAUCAUCCGUGACUACCUGGAAGACCAAUUGGAUGGACGAGAGUUUUGGCCAAAAGAGGUGUGGAGUAAGUAUGGGAAGAAGCUCUCUGAUUUGGCAAAGCCAGAGAACAUUGUGCCAGCCGUGCAGUGUCUGAAUGAACUCAUUACCAAUGCCUUGCAGCACGUGCCGGAUGUGUUCACUUAUUUGUCCCGGCUUAAAAACCAGAGCGUUUUCAACUUCUGUGCCAUCCCCCAGGUAAUGGCCAUAGCCACCCUAGCUGCAUGCUACAACAACCAGCAAGUGUUUAAAGGAGUUGUGAAAAUCCGCAAGGGCCAGGCAGUGACUAUGAUGAUGGACUCCACAAACAUAGAAGCUGUGAAGGCCAUCAUGUUCCAGUAUACUGAAGAGAUCUAUCAGAAAAUUCCCCUCACAGACCCCUCGUCAGGCAGGACGCAGCACAUAAUUUUUUCAAUCCGGAACUUGAGCAUAUCCAGUGGCUCCGCCGUGUCUCGUAACUAUCUGUCCCGCAUUUACCUGUCCUGCGCUAUGCUUUUGGCAGCACUCAGCUACCAGUACCUGAGCAAUGUGUCCCCAGUGUCUGAAGAGAUCCAAAGAGGCCAGUGAGAUCUACGGACAGACCAGGCUGGUGGAUAUGACUUGUGUCCCUUUGACCCCCAUACAGAUCUUGUCAUUUCAAAUCCGUCUCAUUUCUCGUGAGUCUCCGCAUCACAGUGCAUCAGCGAGAACGUUCUGGAUGGAUUUUGGAAAUGUGGGAAAUAAGGAGUACACUACGGAGAAUGUAAAGCCUAUUAUGCGCACUUUAAGCACUUAUACCUGGAACAAGAGGAAAACUGGUUAUUUCACAAGUCU